AUUAAUUAUUCUGAUUCCUUCUUCUUCCUCUUCACAACUUUUCUAUCUUCUUCCUAUUCCACUUUUCAAUUUCCAAAGGGUUUCUCUCUGAAUUCUCUCUCUAAUGGCGGAGGAAUUUUCUAGAGCCGUUGAAGACGGACUGAAACUCUCCAAGCGUAUAUACUUCGGAAAAGACAGAGCGGUGGCGCCGCCGAAACCUCCACCGUCUAUGGCAAGGUCGUCAAACGCGCUUCUUCCUAAAGCGCCAAUGGUUUACGCUGUGAUCUACGAUCCAGGGAUGGUAGAUAACCCUGAUAUCCCUAGCUACCAACCACACGUGUACGGACGGUGCGAUCCUCCGGCACUGAUUCCGCUUCAGAUGAGCGGAAUUGAAAUGGAUAUUGAUUGUUAUCUUGACACUGCUUUUAUCACCGUCUCCGCCACUUGGAGACUCCAUUGCGUUACCGCUAGCCGCUCCUGUGAUUGCCGUCUUGCCAUUCCCAUCGGUCACCAGGGUUCAAUUCUAGGUGUUGAGGUUAAUCUUCCUAGAAAAUCAUAUUCUACUCAACUGGUUGUUAUGGAUGACUACAAUGAAAACCAAAGUUCCACUCCAGCUCAAAACGGAGGCUUUCUUAAAUCAAAUAUAUUUACUUUAACUAUACCACAGAUUGAUGGGGGUACCAAUUUAUCAGUUAAAAUCCACUGGUCUCAGAAAGUAGAAUACUCCAAUGGCGAGUUCUCUUUGAAUGUGCCAUUCAGCUUUCCUGAUUUUGUCAACCCCGCUGGGAAGAGAAUGUCGAAAAAAGAAAAGAUACGAAUGAAUGUGGAUGUUGUUGCUGGAAGUGAACUUCUGAUCAAGACAACAAGCCAUCACCUACAGGAAGUGAGGCGUCAUGCUGGUAGUAUGGGUUUCUCAAGUGAUAACGAAGUUCUCCAUUGGUCGAAAAAUGAUUUUAGCUUUUCAUAUGCAGUUUCCUCAAGUCAUAUAAAUGGUGGUGUUCUCUUGGAAUCUGCAUCUGCGCAUGAUUUUGAUCAAAGAGAGAUGUUCUACAUAUAUCUUUCCCCUGGAGAUAUACAGAAUAAGGUAUUCAAAAAGGACAUAAUAUUCAUCAUCGACAUCAGUGGAAGCAUGCAGGGAAAGCUAAUUGAUGACACAAAGAAUGCACUACUGUCUGCUCUCUCUAAGCUUAAUCCCGAUGAUUUGUUUACAAUUAUAGCCUUUAAUGGAGAGAGUUAUGUAUUUUCGAAAACGAUGGAAUUGGCUUCCAAGGAUGCUGUAGAAAGGGCCAGUGAGUGGAUCAACAUGAAAUUUGUUGCUGCGGGUGGUACAAAUAUUUCACAUCCGUUAAAUACGGCAAUUGAAAUGCUAUCCUGUGCUCAAAGCUCGCUCCCUAUAAUUUUCCUAGUCACAGAUGGAACUGUUGAAGAUGAGAGACAAAUUUGUGCUACCGUAAAAAACCACAUGCUCAGUGGAGAAUCUAUAUGCCCUCGAAUAUACACUUUUGGUAUAGGUUCAUUCUGCAAUCAUUAUUUCUUGCGGAUGCUUGCUAUGAUUGGUAGGGGCCAAUAUGAUGCUGCCGUGGAUGUAGAUUUGAUUGAGCCUCAAAUGCUGACAUUGUUUGAAAAAGCUUCAUCACUCAUUCUUGCAAAUAUCAAAAUGGACAUGUUGGAUGAAAUUGAUCAAGUUGAGGUAUACCCUUCCCAUAUCCCGGAUCUUUCGUCAGAGGGUCCAUUGAUUUUAUCCGGCAGAUACAAGGGAAGUUUUCCUGAAACUUUUAAAGUCAAAGGUAUCUUGGCUGAUUUCAGUAAUUUCGAAAUAGAUUUGAAGAUACAAAAGGAUAAGGGCAUACCUGUACAAAGGGUUUCUGCAAGAGAUCAAAUACAGCAUCUAACUGCUCAAGCAUGGCUUUCAGAAAAUAAACAAUUAGAACAAAAGGUAGCAAAACUGAGCCUGCAGACUGGCUUUAUAUCUGAGUAUACGUGUAUGAUAAUACUUGAGAAUGAUCAUCUAAAGAAGGUUAAAGAAUCACCUGGAGCAAAAGAAGUGUCAAAAAAGAAACAUUCUAAGUAUGACGUAAAUGUCAAAGGCCAGAGAAUGAUUUUACUCCCACACUUAGGUAUUGGCUUUGGCAACUUGACAGCAACAGCUGAAAAUACUCCUCCGGGAUAUGAAACGGUGCCUGAAAUGGCUGAAAUCUUUAAGGCGGCGUCAAAUUGCUGCAGCACCAUGUGUGGUUACUGUUGUUGCAUGUGCUGCAUCCAGUGCUUUGACAAGAUUAACAACCAAUGUCUAACUGCAUUGAACCAGCUUUGCAUUGGUCUGGGAUGCCUUGCCUGCCUCAAUUGUUGUUCUUUAUGCUGUGGUGGAAACAACGACUGAAAUCUACUUUGUUUCAAGAUUUUUGUAUUUUACAGCAUAGCAAUUACUUUUGAAUAUGUAUAUGAGUAAGUCUUCUGCUUUAGUUCAGCGGUGGCUUUUAUUGUAUAGCUUUUAAGGAUAGUCGUGCAAGUUUAAACUUGCAAUAGAAAGUAAACUAUACCCAGCAAGACGAAGAAUUUAUACAUGGUGUUAAUUGCCAUCAAUGAAAGAGUUUUUUCUUGAAUUU